AUGCAUUGGCUCUCAAAGGCUCCAGAAGAUCUAACAAGGAAUCUCAUCCCAGCAUAUGACAUUGAUGAGCAUUCGAGGAGUGAAAGGCUUCCUAUAGUACUUGAGGCUUAUGCAAAACAGUACAGAAAAGAUUUCACGCUUUUUCUGGAGCUGAGAGCCAAAGAGUUGGUCUCAGGAGGCCGAAUGAUUGUUUCGCUGGUAGGGAGGCGUUCUGAUGCAAUGACCACCAAAUUCUCUUACAUAUUAGAAAUUGUAGCUCAGAUUCUAUGUGUCAUGGUCUCAGAGGGUGUGAUUGGCAAAGAAAAGUUUGAUUCCUUUUAUGGGCUAUUGUAUGAACCUUCAAGCGAAGAGCUGAGGGAGAUCAUCCAAGAAGGGGCCUCCUUUUCAAUCAGGGAGAUGCGGGCGCAUGACCCUAGAACCGAUAUGAACAAUGCUCUCAGCACCCCAGGCAGGUUCGCGGGAUUUCUGAGAGCUUUAUUUGAGCCGGUAUUGGUCCAACAUUUUGGAGAUGCCAUGGAUGAAUUUGUGAGGACUGCGGAGCGGCGGUGGAUCCUAGAGGGAAGCUUGCAAGAGGAGCGUGUUAGAUGUCCUUAUGCUAUGCUGGUUGUAUCCCUCGCAAAGGCAUGA